GAUAUGAAACAGGCGUAUUUGAAGAAGAUAACUAUUUUCCAGCCGAGCUAGUCAGUUCAUGGUCAUCAUUUUGUAGCGUUGGACUAUAUCAUUGCUACAAGAUUUCUAUGAGUUCAGUUGACUUAGAAAAUUUCAAGGGAGAAAUAUUACUUGUUGUAAAGUGUGAUCUAGGAUCUGAUUUUUGUUCUAAUUCAUUUAAUUUUGAGACUUCUCAAGGUUCUGUCAUAGUAGAAGUUGAUUAUUUUGGCUCUAUCCAUCUUGAUCGUGAUCAGGUGGUUAGAGCUCGAAGGUUUCAGGUCUCUGUUCUCAGUCUUUUGAUUGAUCAAGAUUAUGAUAAAUUCUUGAAUGCACUUCAUGUAUGCAUGGAGAAUGCUUUUGAAGCAGUUGUUUAUUUACUCAUUCCUUCGGUCCUUGGAGGUAUUGACUGGGGCUGUGUGAAUUCACCUACUUUCUUUGUGGAGAAUGGAAUGCAGCAUCCCAAGCGCUGCUGUUGUAAGAAAAGUGUGGCUCAGUUGAUACAGAUUAAGAAUAGCUGCAUUUGCCGUUGUAUGUUGCAUCAUUCUGUUGUUUAUACACCUCACAAUGAACACAUAUAUUGCGUCACCG